AUGGUUCCUCUCUUCUUCUCGAAAGACGGGAGUUCCUGCAGAUCUAAUGGAAUAAGUUACCGAAUCAAACUCGCAUCCGGACCGGAAGGAGCUAUCAAGAUCACACUACACAAUAGCGAAGUUGAAAAAGGCGAUAUGGUUCUUACCUGUAAUAGCGUAUACAGCGCUACUAGGACCAUGAUGUGGAAUCAUGCCAAUAAGACCAGACCGGGAUCGAUCACCAUCAAGGAAAAGACAACCUGGAAGUCACUUUUAGGUGUUGCGCCUAUAAUCCCAGAACUUGGCGAGCGCGACUUGACCGUCGUCUCCCAUAGCGGCUAUUCAUUUCUGGCAAUCAGUCAGCCGAAUGUAAUCUAUUUCUUCUUCAUCUUCCGCUUCGAUGAGCCAUUCACCUGGCCUAAACGGGCCAACUACUCGGAGCGUGAUGCCGAACAGCUGGCCGAGAGCGUAGCCGACCGGCCUGUAUCAGACUGA